UUAUAACACUACUCAAAGAGCUUGAGAGUCCGUCUACGUAGAACCAAAAUCAGGACGGGCGGACCUCGCAGACGAGUUCCUGUGAAGAGCACAAGUUGAUAUGGUUCUUGACAAUUUAGGGCGAUGCGUUGUCACUUGUCAGCAGCAUUGCUAUUGUUGGUGUUGAGGUAGUGAAGGCCGAGAAAAGGCCUUUUUCUUGAACUCAAUCAGUCCCUAGCACAUCGAAGUUUCUUACAGUGUGUGCGGCUUUUUCACCUGCUUUGCGGUGGUGAUGGUUGGCAUGCGUGUCUAAAAUAGUUCCAGUGAAAAUAGGUGCCAGUGUGACACCACUUUGUGCGUCCAGACAUCAUCGUUUAUCCGUCAUCAUGCCGGCCAAUGUGGAUCUGGAGUUGUACACCGUGGGCCAGGCCAUCGACAACUUUGGCUUCGGCCGCUUCCAGAUGUACCUGAGUCUGAUGGUGGGCUUUGCCAACAUUGCGGAUGCCAUGGAGAUGAUGAUCCUGUCCAUCCUGGCACCCGCACUCCAUUGUCAGUGGCACAUCACGCAAUCACAGCAAGCCUUCUUGACGACUGUGGUGUUCUUAGGCAUGAUGAUAUCUUCACCUUUAUGGGGCAAAUUGGCCGACAGUUUCGGCCGUCGCCCCACCUUGAUUUGGACCUCGUUUUUCCUGUGCUAUUUUGGCCUCCUGACCUCAAUUGCGCCUAGUUUCCAUUGGGUUCUAUUCCUUCGUUUCCUGGUCGGAAUCUUCAUCGGGGGUGUUCCUCAGGCUUGUACCUUGUACGCCGAGUAUCUGCCAUCCAGUGCCCGUGGAAAGGCCAUCAUGGUUCUGUCCUUCUUCUGGGCCUUGGGAGCUUGUCUCCUGGCUUUCUUGGCCUGGCUGGUCAUGCCUACAUUUGGCUGGAGAUACUUGGUGGCCCUCUCCACCAUUCCACUACUCCUCUUUCUCACGUUAUCAAGAUAUUUGCCCGAGAGUCCCAUGUACUUGGCCGUAACUGGAAAGAAACGGGAAGUGCAAGAAAUUCUCGACAACAUCGCGAAAAUGAACGAGAAACGAAGAGUUCAUGGGAAUCUCGUGCUGGACGAAGAGACCACAGCCGGUCAGCGAGGUCAAUUCCUGGACUUGUUCCGCAAAGGUCAAGCCAGAUUGAGCGUGAUGGUAUUUUUCCUGUGGUUUGUGGCAGCUUUCUCCUACUAUGGAGUGGUUCUGCUCUCAACCGAGCUCCUCAAUUCAAGUCAUGACACUUGUGCUGCUAGUGGAGCUUCGACUAUUGACGGGAUUCCGGGAGAAGCACAAUGUUCGGUUCAUAUCUGCAGUGGCUUAAAGAACGAGGACUACGUGGAAUUGAUCAAAACUAGUUUGGCCGAGUUCCCGGGAACCAUUUUGGCCUUGAUCCUCAUUGACAGGAUUGGACGUCGAAGAACCUUGGCCGUGAAUGGCAUUUUAUUCGCCUUGUGUUCUCUUGUCGUCAUUGAAUGCACCCUCAGUAAGAAUCUUCUGGUUGUGGCCCUGUUUGGUGCCCGUGGAUUUGCGGCCGGGUUCUUCCAAUCUGUGUAUGUAUAUACACCAGAAGUAUUCCCAACGAAAUUAAGGGCCGUGGCUCUAGGGUUUGGAAGCGGGUUUGCCCGGAUUGGUGCCAUGAUUACGCCAUUUAUUGCUCAAGUCCUCCUUAAAACUUCCCUGUAUUCGGCUAUGUUACUCUACGCAGGAUUAGGGCUAUUAGCAGCCCUCGUGGCUUGGUUUCUACCCGUGGAAUCAUCAGGUCAAGAUUUAACGCAAGCAGUCAUUCAACCUAAGGCCGAAAACCCUGACAAAGCUCGGGACAAACACGAUCAGUUGGUGGAUCAGAUGGAGACCAAUGAAUUGGAACAAGCCCGUGAUAAUAACAACUCCUAACAUGGUGUCAAUCCGGCUCCAACUUAAUUCCUAUGCUAUGAUGCUAUUAAUUCCAUGAUGAAGCUUUGCUGUUGAACAAAACACAUGUGAUAGGGCUUCGAAGCUGACAAUCUUUAUACUUGAUGGACAUGUUGAACUAUUUAAUCUACAAAUAUCUGUGAUUCCUUCGAUCUGCUAGUAUGCAGUUUGCAACCCAACCAAGUUGUUUCAUUGACUCUAACGAGAUAAACGUAUUCUGUCACAUAAACUCUCUGUGUGAGGCUGCAUGAA